GUGGCGAUUGUGUCAAGAUGGCGGUGUCUUUAGCCACUAUUUGAAAUAGAUGAAAAUUUUUGGCUUUUUGAUUCCUUUUUCUAUUAUUUUUGCCCAUUUAUAAUGUAAGAAAAUUCAAUUACAUCGUUUAUAAUUAAAAUUUAAAAAAAUGGCAUCUUUAUUCGAACAAUAUGAACAAGCAACAUCCACAGCAGCUGGAUAUGUUGCUGGAUCUGCAAAUUUAUUGGAGAUGACUACUGCUGGAUUCAUCAAUGCAAGAUUAGAAGACCAGUCACCAAUUUUUAUUAAAGAAAAAAUUAAUUUCAAUCCAGUCGAGUCGAUUACUCACUUUGUAGUAUGCAAUCAAAAAGCUGUAAUUGCUAUGAAAAACAAAGUUCUCUUAUGGAUAGAUCUAAAGAAGCCACAACAACCCGAAGAGAUAGAAUUAUCUAGAAGCUUAGGUGAUAAGAAUUAUUACCAGAGUCGAAUAUAUAACAUGUAUCUAGAUCCCAAUGGAAAACAUCUACUAAUAAGUCUCUAUAGUUCGGAAAAUCUAGGUCCGCUGGAUAAUCUCUAUUAUUACAAUGGCUCUCACAAAGUUUAUCAGGCCAGUAAGAUGAAGGGUCACGUGAUUAGUGCAGUCGGCUGGAAUUUUCUGAAUUCUAAUGAAAGCACAAGUAGCAACAUUCUAGUUGGAACAACUAAAGGUUUAAUAUUUGAAACAGAAUUAACAUCUGCAGAUGAGAAAUUCUUUUUCCAGAAUCAGAGCCCCGAACAGUAUUGGAAGCAGGUUUUUGAUAUUGGACAAAAGAAUGCCACAAAAAUAACUGGUCUAGAAUUUCACAGAAUACCCAGUAGGAUUACAGAACAAAAAUAUUUUAUUAUAGCAACAACACCCAAUCGUCUGUACCAAUUUGUGGGAAACGUACCAACCACUGGAGAAAUGCCUAUAUUGAUGCACAUUUUCAAUAAUUAUACAGAUAUUCCUGAACGAUUUACAGAAAUUCCUGGAAAUUUAGAUUAUAGUAAAUUACAAUUUUAUUAUCCAAAUCACAGGGGUCUUCCAAAACACUUUACUUGGCUAACAGAACCUGGAAUUCUGUAUGGAAAUAUCAGUUGUGACAGUCAAGCGGGAGUUGAUUCGGUGAUUACGGAAUCAACUCUGAUACUUACUCAAGAAGACAAGGAUAAAACAAAAAUAAGCAUGCAAGAAGAUAAAAAUCAAAAGAAAUGUCCAUUAGGUAUCGUUCUAACUGAAUUUCACGUUUUGGUCCUUUAUCCUGAUAGGAUGAAAGCCAUAUGUGUGCUCAAUGAACAACUAGUCUUUGAAGAUGUAUUUACUGUGAUGUAUGGACCAAUGAUAGACAUUGUUAAAGAUCCUGUGAAGCUAACUAUAUGGGCAUAUUCUGAAGGUGCUAUCUACAGAUAUAAAAUUGUUAAAGAGGAAAGAAAUGUUUGGGAAGUUUUCCUUCAACAAAAAGAAUAUGAUUUAGCAAAGAAAUAUUGUCAGGAUGAUCCAUCAAAGUUAGACAAAGUGUAUUCUAAACAAGCAGAAGAUUAUUUUAACAAUGAAAAUUACAAAGAAAGUGCUGUAUUGUAUGCAAUUACACACAAUUCCUUUGAAGAAGUAGCUCUGAAAUUUUUGAAAUUUGAACAAGAGAGUGCCCUUAAAGUGUUUCUUCAAGAAAAAUUGAAAAGCCUGAAACAUCACAACAAGACACAAAUCACUAUGAUUAUUCUUUGGCUAUUGGAAAUCUAUCUGAAUGAAAUGGGACAGAAAAGAAAUGCUCUGAAACAUAGUGAUGAUAAAAUUGAUAAUGAUGAUGAAUAUAAAACUCUUCAGAUGUCUUUUCAACAAUUUUUAACUCAGUCCAAUGUCAAAGAGUGCCUUACUGAUAACAAAGGUGCAGUUUACAACUUGAUUUCUAGUCAUGGAGAUGAAGAUAACCUUAUUUAUUUUACUAAUCUAAUGAAAGAUUUUGAGAGAAUUAUUGCUUACAAUCUACAACAUCAGAAAUACAAAGAUGCAUUAGAAGUUCUAAAAAAACAAAAUAGGACAGAGUUAUUUUAUCGGUUUUCACCCCUUCUAAUGCAAGUCAUUCCAAAAGAUACAGUAGAUGCCUGGAAGUUGCGGUCACAGAAACUGAAUCCCAUACAUCUGAUUCCUACUCUAGUGCAAUAUAAUGUUAAUGAAAACUUUGAACAAGUUAAUGAAGCCAUUCAUUAUCUAAGAUUUUGCAUAGAAGAACUAAAAAAUCAGGAUCCAGCCAUUCAUAAUUAUCUGCUUGCACUGUAUGCCCGACUACAGCCAGAGAUGUUAUUAAGUUACUUAGAAAAUCAGAAAGAACCAAUAGUGCCCUAUGAUUGCAAUUAUGCACUUCGUCUCUGCACAGAAUUAGGAUUGGAUGAAGCACGUGUGCACAUAUAUACAACUAUGGGUCUCUAUGAAGAGGCAGUGGAUUUAGCUUUAGAAAGAGAAGAUGUGGAAUUGGCAAUGAAAAAUGCAGAUAAACCAGAAAAUGACGAAGAGUUAAAGAAAAAACUCUGGCUAAAAAUUGCCAAGCAUGUAGUCAAGAAACAGAAUGAUAUUACAAAAGCCAUGGAAUUCCUGAAAAAAUGUGAACUAUUGAAGAUUGAAGACAUCCUACCAUUUUUUGAUAAUUUUGUGACUAUUAAUCACUUCAAAGAUGAUAUAUGUCAAUCAUUAAAAGAGUAUAACCAGCACAUUGAGAGUCUACAAGAAGAAAUGGAAGAAGCUGCACAGAGUGCAAAGGAAAUAAGAGAAGAAAUACAAGUUUUGCGUAAUAAAUAUGCAAUGGUUAGUGCUCAAGACAAGUGCUGUAUUUGUAAUUAUCCCAUAAUGACGCAGGCUUUCUACUUAUUUCCCUGUCAGCACAUGUUCCAUUUGGAUUGUCUUGUAGAUGAAGCAUACGUUUAUCUCAUUCCUUCAAAAAAGACUGCGGUAGAUGACAUUCGGGGACAGCUGACAUCCAUGAGUUCGAGGGAAGAUGCAAAUUCAUCCGCAUCAGGAAGCACUUCUAAUAACCGAGAGAAACUUAUGGCUAAUCUAGACAAAAUAGUGGGGUCGGAAUGUUUAUAUUGUGGCGAUAUCAUGAUCAGGAGCAUCGACAUUCCGUUCAUCACAGCUAAAGACUAUACAGAGGUUACAAAAGAAUGGGAAUGAAAUAGAAAUAGAAAAUUGGUGAUUUCUGCAAACAUUCCACAUGUAAAUUAUUAUUAUAAAUCAAAGGUUUGUUAAUUGUAAUAUCAUAUUUUUAUUGAUUGCACAAAACCAUAAUGCAAUACAUUCAUUUUUGUAA